CGAAUUGAAGAUGGCGUCGCUUAUAUCGAAGUGGCGCUGAGUUGAACUGAGUUUUCUCUCUGCACUUUUGUAUCGUGGUUCGUGGGGAAAGCACUCAGCUGUUGUGACAGGCAAGGGAGAUCUUAACCAACAAAAUACACUAAAUAUCAACGGGGGAGGCAUCAAGAGUUACAUCGAAUCUGUGCAAAUAGUUAUUAUGGAAUUAUAACAGCAAAACGACAAUCAAACAUGCGCAAAGAAAUCGAAAAUGGAGGAGGUUGUAACGGAGUAGGAACCAGGACUAGGAGACUGCUUCCUCGAUUUUCACUACGAAGACUUUUGUACUCUAGCCCACUUCUUGGUCGCCGCUUUGCCCGUGCUGCAAGUUCGAGCAACCGAACAGUCAAAGCUAAAGAUGCUGUGGAUGGAAGAACGGGUGAUGUGGAAAAAGGCGAAGCCCGUGGAAGCAGCCUUCCUACCCAGUCUCAAUCUCAUACUUCGGACAUGCCACACGUCACAAAUAAAAAUUCUACCCCCACUAAUGCAGGAACAAGCUGCGAUAAUGGCUUGAUGGAAUGUCCGUUGUGCUUAGCAGAGCUUUCUUCAGAGUCUUUUCCCGUGGUACAGUCAUGCGAUCACCGAAGCUGCUAUGACUGUUACCAACAGUACCUCAGAGUUGAAAUUUCGGAAUCCAGGGUCAACAUUGCCUGCCCAGAGUGUGCAGAGCUCUUGCAUCCCAACGAUAUCAGAAUGAUUCUGAAUGAUCAAACACAGUUUGAAAAAUAUGAAGAUUUUAUGGUGCGUAGAGUGCUCGCGGUCGAACCUGAUACAAGGUGGUGUCCUGCACCAGAUUGUAGCUUUGCCGUAAUUGCCACUGGCUGUGCCUCUUGUCCUAAAUUACGUUGCGAAAGACCUGGAUGUGACUCAUACUUUUGCUAUCACUGUAAAGCAAGGUGGCAUCCUAAUCAAACUUGUGAUGCAGCAAGAGCUCAACGAUCACAAUACUAUGAUCGCAGUUCAUCUCUCAGCUUCAGCCAGAGUGACUCACAACAUAGGGAUGACAUCAAACCAUGUCCAAGGUGUCAAGUUCUCAUUGUGAAAAUGGACGAUGGUAGCUGUAAUCACAUGACUUGUGCUGUUUGCGGUGCUGAAUUUUGUUGGCUGUGUAUGAAAGAAAUCAGCGAUCUUCAUUACCUAAGCCCAUCUGGAUGUACAUUUUGGGGAAAAAAGCCAUGGUCCCGGAAAAAGAAAAUCCUUUGGCAACUCGGAACUUUAGUCGGAGCUCCAGUUGGAAUUGGUCUUGUCGCUGGUAUUGCAGUUCCUGCUAUGAUAAUAGGUAUUCCUGUAUGGGUAGGAAGAAAGCUAUACACGAGAUACGAGAACGCCAACAAACAUAAAAGAAAUGCCUUCAUCGCAGGGGGAGUCACUGCAUCGGUCUUGGUAUCCCCAGUGUUAGCCGGAUUGGCAGUUGGUAUAGGAGUUCCUAUUCUGUUAUUUUACGUUUACGGAGUUGUUCCCGUAUCCCUUUGCCGAAGCGGAGGUUGCGGCGUUUCAACAAACGGCGCCGGUGUCCGUUUUGAUUUUGAUGAUGAAAAUGAGCUUAUGAAUGCAUUUGGCAACAAGAAUACCGGAGACGCAUCAUCAAUUGAUGCAACCAGUCAUAGAGGAGCCAAUCCCUCAAUAGGGGAGGCUUCUUUAUCCCUGGGCAGCGGUAGCCAAUUGAAUGAUCAGGAGGUUGCAACCUACAACUACCUAGUCUCAGCAGGUGCUAGUCUUGCUGCAAGUAUUGCAACUCUUUUGCCUGGAGGUCAAAGACUGGAAGUUCAGGCUGAUGUAGCAUCAACGCAAAGAUUCAGUCUGAGUAGUGAAACUGCAUCUGCAGCUACUAGCCUUUCAGAAAAAUCCGUCAAUGCUUCAAUUGCUCCAGACGAUGGUGCAGCUUCAACAAGAGCUCUAGCUGGUUCUGUCUUGAAUUUCAAGGUUGACACUGGGUCAUCGAGUGGAACACGAAAUACUGACGAAGUACAAGAAACUGGGCCAGCAGUAGAUGGUCAUAUUGACUCAGCGGGUCAAGCUGCUUCUCUAAGUUCAUUAGAAGAACUGGCAUCUGGUCUUGCUAAGCGGGCUCGUCGUAGGCCUAUACCAGAUCGUCAACCUACUGACUCGAGCAGCUUGACAACUUGCGGUGAAGACGGAGGUUCGGAACGUGUGCGAUUCGAUGACCACGUUAGUUUUAUUGAAGCUGAUCAAGAAGCAGGCCCUAGUAGCGGUUGUAGCAUUGCCAGUCGUGGCCCCGGGAGACGCAAGAGAAAUAAGGAUCAUGAACAGGAUGUGGAAAUAGCCUCAAAAGCACCGGGAAAUUCAAGGUUUAGCAACAACGGCGCCAAUAUUGAUUCUGUCGCAGAGGAACAUCCACGGGAAAGAGUAAAUGUUGCUACUCUGCGAAGUGUGUUUUUUCACAAUGGUUCAACCUUCGAACGCGAAAAACGGUUGCCUGUGAUAGAAGAACCCCAUCCCAUUGCCACAAAAACUAGCAACGAAGAGAUCGUAUACGCCCCCAUCGCAUCAACACCUACCAGUGCUGUGGAAGAAAAAGUGCGCAUUCCCACCUUAGCAUCAGAAUUUAGCGAUCUUGUGGAAAAAGAAGUGCGAUUUCCCACCUUAGCAUCAGAAUUUAGCGAUCUUGUGGAAAAAGAAGUGCGAUUUCCCACCUUAGCAUCAGAAUUUAGCGAUCUUGUGGAAAAAGAAGUGCGAUUUCCCACCUUAGCAUCAGAAUUUAGCGAUCUUGUGGAAAAAGAAGUGCGAUUUCCCACCUUAGCAUCAGAAUUUAGCGAUCUUGUGGAAAAAGAAGUGCGAUUUCCCACCUUAGCAUCAGAAUUUAGCGAUCUUGUGGAAAAAAAAGUGCGAUUUCCCACCUUAGCAUCAGAAUCUAGCGAUCUUGUGGAAGAAGAAGUGCGCAUUCCCACCUUAGCAUCAAGACCUACCAAUGUUGUGGAAAAAGAAGUGCGAUUUCCCACCUUAGCAUCAGAAUUUAGCGAUCUUGUGGAAGAAGAAGUGCGCAUUCCCACCUUAGCAUCAAGACCUACCAAUGUUGUGGAAGAAGAAGUGCACAUUCCCAUAGCAUCGAAAUUUCCCGAUGUUACAGAAGAGAAAAUGCACAUUCCUAUAGCAGCGAUACCGACCAAUUUAGUCAACAAGGAAGUAUACAUCCCCAUAGCAGCAAAACCAACUGGUUUCAUAAGAGAGGAAGUACUCAUCCCAAUAGCGUUCAAACCCACGAAUUUUACUAAAAAGAAAGUGCAUAUUCCCGUAGCAUCGAAAGCGCCGCCUUCCCCGAAAAAAGUAGAUCUUACCAGUAUUCCCGCGACAGAGUCGACUUUUGUGAUAGAAGCAGAGCCGCCCACUAUUGAAACAAAAACGUACAUACGAGCUAUAAAGGAGACACCUUACUUAGUGUCCACACGACACCCCACGAAUCACAUUUUCUAUAAAAAUGAUAACAUUCAUAUCACAGAAGAUAAGUCACAAUGUUAGGAUGGAAGUCUGGAUUAUCUUUAUGAUCGCACCCAAUAACCUGUUCAGUUACAUGAGUAUUCAUUACACACAGGCCAUGGGAUUCCGAAGUACGUUGAAAAUUUUAGAAUAUAACAUCGAGCAAAUGCAGCGCAUUGAGGUUGGCACGGUUGGAUUUGGAAAAGGGUAGGUAAUGAAUUAUAUUAUUUAUUAUAAUGGAUGAAUUUUUUCUGGUUUGUAACCGAAAAAAAUUGGUAUGCAGUGAUUCACAUAACAUGUACAAUGGAAUCAAUGAAAAUCUUGAAAUGUGCUGGAACCGGUCAGUAGACACUUGCGUUCUGGUAAUGCUAGUCUUUCACUUCUGACUGAAUGCGUUUGCUCUUGCCACAAAAAUAAAACAACUGAAUUUACGGAAAACUAGCCGUGUUCGAACAGAGUUCAGAUUUUUUGUUGGGUUCAGAUUGUCCAUACACCAAUGAACACAGGAAAGCACUUGCUACUUAAUACCCAACUUCAUGUGUCUUUAUCAUGAUUUGAUUUCGGAUAAUGUUCAUAAAACUGUUGAUAAAAUAACGGAAUUAAAUACCCAUUAAGGUGUUUCAGAAAAGUCUUAUUUUUUUUGGAACAGAUUCAAGAUUUUUAUUUCAGCUCUAAAAGACGCUUUUUAACAUCUGAGCUCUUAAUAUUAACAUUGACAUGACCCUCAUCGCACUUCUUCAUUUUCCGUAAGAUCUGUACAGUAAUUUGCUGGCGAGUAAUAAAAUUUAAAAGCAACAAUUAACAUGUUUUCUGUGUUAGUUUUAUGGAAAAUAGAAAAGUGCAAUGAGGGAUAUGUAAAUAUCAAUAUUAAGAGCUUGGAUUUCAACAGGUGUUUUUUUAGGCAGAAAUUAAGCUUUUGAGCUUAUUUAAAGAAAAAAGUUUUCUGAAACACCCUAAUACACAUGCAAGUGUGUAUAUUAAUUCACAUGCUAUUUGGACAGGUUACAGACACCUCAAAAUUGAGUAUUUUGAAUUUGUCGAAAGAAACCCUAUUGAGCUAACAAUUAGUAAAAACUUGCUUUAAUUUUUGGUUUUUUUUUUUUUACAUUUUUUUAUACAAAAGAAAGAGAAAAAGUUUUAUAAAAACGGAUCAUUUACCAGCAGACAUUUAUUUGGAUUACAGUAAAAUACUUCCGAGUCCAUAAGUAUCUUUUAAUUAUCUAAUCGGUUGUUAAUUUAUUGCAAAAUGGUAUAUAGGGGCAAAAAGUGAAAUAAACGAAAUAUUAACAAAUAACUGUUGCCGGACUAAACAUUGUACAGAGUAGACUGGGUGUCUUCGCAAUUAUUUAUUUCUUAUCGUUCGGUUUAGGAAAUUUCAGAUAUAGUGUAUAAAUAAUAUACAAGAAAAAGAAUAGAGAAAACAAUAGUAUAUAAUAGAGCGUAAGAAAGCUGUUCAAAUUAAAUUGCUCACAUGUAGAAGUAAUUAAUAAUUCUGGAAGAUAGAAUACAUAGCAUUGGAUGCAAAAUGUGUCUAUAUAUGUAAAGGCGUGCCAGAUGAUAGAACAGGGUUUUUUCAAUUUUGCGAUCAUAAUACAAUUACACAAAAUUAAAGGGACAAGUGCCAAUAAAAACUUAGGAUGUUCAUAGCCUAGGUGAACAACAACGUUUUUUUUUCCUAUGUCACCGCGUUAUUUUUUAAUAUAAUGACGUAAUUGUUAGAAAGAAUCUAAUUAUUAUUAAAAUGCAGUUACAUAUUCAAAAUGUCAAAGGCUUAUCUUUUCGAAGAUGAAGUACGACUUGUAUAAAAAAUUACACGAAAAAAACAGUACAUAAUAAACUAAAAAGUGCAAACCAUGAAAGAGCGAUACUUGUUAUUUGUUCGACUAUUUGAAGACGUAGGUAUUAGUUAGCCAUUAUUGCUUACUUUUUCGGUAAUCGCAUUAAAGUUGCAAUAAUGAGUUACAGAAUAUACAUAAAAAGAGAAGUAUUAGACAGUAAUUGGAAACUUUAAUUAUCUACAUGAUAUUUGAGUUAUCCCAAGACUUAAGCUUUGGGUUCAUAAAAAUGCUUCUAUUAGUGCCGAAGUUUUGCAGUUUCAGCAUCACUAAGUAGACGCUUCUUGAACAUAUCGAGUGGGAUAGUCGUUUUAUGAACUGAAUAUUAUAUAAACUAGGACAUCAUGAUACGAGAAACAUUUAUUCAGCAUUUUGUAUUCGAAGAAAAAAAAAUUGGAUCUUUAUAGAAGUUCCUCUUCUUUUGUAAAAAUAAAGAUGAAUCGAAAUUAAUAAUAAUUUUCAUUUAUGCUAAAACUCACAGUCACGAAUCGUGAUGAAUUUUUGUUUUCGCAAUGUGUAGGUAUGUAUGAAUUCACAAGUGAUUUUCUUUGAAACAAAAAAAAAAUUGAAAAAAAAAUUGGAAACCAAAAUCAUACCCAGAUAACAUCUACGAUACUUCCAUAAUUUAUGAGCACCUGAUUACGGAUCAGGACGUAUUGCUUAUUAGGGUUUAUAUAAUGAAAUCGUCAAGUUUUACGGGAUUUCAAAAGUGAGAUUAAGUACAUAGAAUGCAGAAUACACAAACGUCCUGUUCCGGAAUAUAAAUUUGUAUUUCAAAAAUCAAUGCCUGAAAGGUGACAUUAAAUGUCGUAUUCCGUUCGAUCGAAUGGAAAGUACUAAAACAAGAAAAAAAUUCAGGAAAUAUAAGAACGAAGAAAGCAAACAUAAGAGAAAUAAAAAUAAUGAUAAUUCGUGUGUACAGUAUACCUACAAAUUUAUACAUAAUAAUGUGUAUGUAAAAGCCUAUUCGUAAAUUACAUAUUAAAUAUAUUAUAAAAUGAAAAACAUACGCGAAUUUUUUUCCACUUCACUUAACACUUUCGAUUAUGUAUUCGCGAAAGAGAGAUAGAGAAAUAAUCGUGAGUCCCUCGCGAAAAUAAAAUUUGCUCAAAAAAUAAAAUUUAGAAUAAACAUAAGUGGUUAAAUUUUUCGCCUAUUCGUUGCUGGAAAGGGAUUUGAAGGUAUGAAAAAGUACAAUAAAAUAAAGCAUAAGAUUACUAAUGAUCAAUAUGAUUACAACGAGGAUAUAUAGCAUUAUCUGUUAGUACGUAUACUCGCUACAAGAUAAUAUAGACAAAAUGUAUGAUUUAAAAAUAUUUCAAUGCCAGUUGUACAGGUAUUUUUUUUUUGUGCGGUGUACAAUUAUAUUCAUUAAUUAACUAUCAAUAUAUUAAUAAUAACACUAACUUUACUAUUAUUUAACAAUUCAAUAUAUAUGAAUGAAUAUUCGGGGAAAAGUUUUCCAACUUAUAAAUAGCUGAACAACGAUUUGAUAAAUUAUACAUAAAUUAGUUGUCUCGGCUACACAACUAUUCGUGAUACUAAUAUGUAUAUUAUAAGUUCUAACUAGAAAAAAUUUAGCAGAACACACAGUGGUCGAACGAUCUUUAUAAAAGAAAAUUAUGGAGCCUAUUCAUCAUUCAUAACAUUACUUUUCAUAAAAAAUUUCAUGGAUUAUCUCCCAGAUGAUAUCUCACUACGUUUAGAUAAUUUUUCUUACAUUUUGUUGAUCGCUUUCUUAUACACGCGUACAUAAUAUGAAUAAAAUUACUCAUUAACGAUGAAUAAACGAAAAAUUUUCUGUAA